CUUGGCUUUUCCUCUUGGCUGUGUGGUUUUGGUGGCUGUUUUCUGCAUGGGGCUCUCCAGGAUGCAUUGUACAUUUCCAGCUCUCUGGUUCUGCUGCUCUUGAGGGGAUUCCUGGAUGGAUUCUGGGUUUGCUGUGCUUGGAGAUGUUGAUGGGCCCUGGGCAGCAUCCCCAGAGCUGCCUGAUCUGUGUCCUGCCUCCACUGCUUUGUCUUCAGCACUUGGGAAAUUCUGUGCUCAAUUGCUUCACAAAGUGCCUGUGAUAACCAUUGGCCUACUCAAAGAAUCCCUUGGGAGCUGAAGAGGCAGCAUCUUCCAGGCUCAGGGGCAUCAUAUCUGAGUUCACCUCAUUUUUCUGGAGUCGUCGUUUUGAUUCAUCAAGCAGCUGGUUUAUUACUGAAAAGCUCAGAAUAUUUCCUCUGAUUGCCUUCCUAUUUGGAUCUUCUCAGAGCUUGGAACGCUUAAACACCCACCAUGGAUGACUUUGAACGCCGCAGAGAGCUCAGGAGGCAAAAGCGUGAGGAAAUGCGCCUGGAAGCAGAGAGGCUGUCCUACCAGAGGAACGAUGAUGAUGAUGAGGAGGCUGCCAGGGAACGGCGCCGGCGGGCUCGGCAGGAGAGGCUGAGGCAAAAGGAGGAAGGAGAUGUCUCAGGAGAAGCCACAGAGAAAUCUGAGGUCAAUGCCCAGAACAGCGUGGCAGGAGAGGAAAGCAAGCGCUCCUUGGACGAUGAAGCCGCGUUGCUGGAGAGGCUGGCGAGGCGGGAGGAGAGGCGCCAGAAACGCCUGCAGGAGGCCCUGGAACGGCAGAAGGAAUUGGACCCCACGAUCACAGACGGGAGCUUGUCAGCGCCCAGCAGGAGAGAAGUGAACAACGUGGAAGAAAACGCGACCACGGGGAAAGAGGAGACUGAAACAGUUACCAAAUCCUACCAGAGGAACAACUGGAGGCAAGAUGGGGAAGAAGAGGGGAAAAAAGAAGAAAAAGACAAGGAGGAGGAGAAACCAAAGGAGGAGGAAAAUCAGGUAGAUGUGACAGCAGAAAAACCCGCUGAUAAAGAAGAGGCAGUAACUGUAAAUGCAGAGGAACACAAAGCAGAGAACGAUACAAAUGCUGUGCCAGAAGGGACGCAAAGUGUAGCGGAUGAGGAAAAGGCCGAGCAGGAAAGGAAGGAAGCAGAAGAAAGGGAGAGGUUAAAAGCAGAAGAAGAAAAGAGGGCAGCUGAGGAAAAACAGAGAGCAGAGGAAGAAAAGAGGGCAGCUGAGGAAAAACAGAGAGCAGAGGAAGAAAAGAGGGCAGCUGAGGAAAAACAGAGAGCAGAGGAAGAAAAGAGGGCAGCUGAGGAGAGGGCAAAGGCAGAGGAGGAGAGGAGGGCAGCUGAGGAAAGGGAGAGGGCUAAAGCUGAAGAGGAGAGGAGGGCAGCUGAGGAAAAACAGAAAGCAGAGGAGGAAAGGAGGGCAGCUGAGGAAAGGGCAAAGGCAGAAGAGGAAAAGAGGGCAGCUGAGGAAAAGGCUAAGCUAGAGGCAGAGAAAUUAAAGGAAAAACAAAAGAUGGAAGAACAGAAAAUAGAAGAAGAAAAACGUCAAGCAGCUGCCUUAAAAAAGCAGGAGGAAGAAAAAGUGGAAGCUAAAAAGGAAAAGCUGCCAGAAGAGAAGCCCCAAGCUACCUCCAUACAAGAUCAGGAUGACAAAGGUAAAGCCCCCAAAGAGGAAAUGAAAAGUGUCUGGGAUCGCAAGAAGGCGCAGAAUGGGGAACAGGAGCCCCCUGCCUCCAAACUGAAACCCACUGAGAAUGCUUUUGGGCGCUCCGGCGCGAAGGGCGCCGCCGAGGAGGCGAAGCCGGGCGCGGAGGCCCUGAAGAGGUUGGAGGAUCAGCGGCGCCGCCGGGGCGAGAGCGAGAGCGAGGAGCUGGAGAAGCUGAAGGAGAAGCAGCAGGAGGCGGCGGCAGAGCUGGGCGAGCUGAAGAAAAAGCGGGAGGAGCGCCGGAAAGUCCUGGAGGAAGAGGAGCAGAAGAAGAAGCAGGAGGAGGCUGAGAGGAAAAUCAGAGAGGAGGAGGAAAAGAGGAGGAUGAAGGAAGAAAUCGAAAAAAGAAGGGCUGAAGCUGCUGAGAAACGCCAAAAGAUGCCAGAAGAUGGUGUGUCUGAAGACAAGAAGCCAUUUAAAUGUUUGAGUCCUAAAGGUUCAUCUCUCAAGAUAGAGGAGCGAACAGAAUUUUUGAACAAAUCUGCUCAAAAGAGUGGAAUGAAGCCCACCCAGACAACAGCAGUUGUCUCCAAGAUUGACAGUAGACUUGAGCAAUACACUAGUGCACUUGGGAGUGCAAAGACUUCACGACCUAAAGCCUCCGACCUGCACGUUCCGGCCGAGGGCGUCCGUAACAUCAAGAGCAUGUGGGAGAAAGGGAAUGUUUUCUCAUCACCUUCUGGGACAGGAACACCAAAUAAGGAAACUGCUGGGCUGAAGGUUGGUGUCUCCAGUCGUAUCAACGAGUGGUUGACCAAGACCCCAGAGGGCAACAAAUCCCCUGCUCCAAAACCUUCUGAUUUAAGACCAGGAGAUGUCUCUGGCAAACGUAAUAUCUGGGAGAAGCAGUCAGUGGAGAAGCCAGGUGCUGCUUCUAAGGUAUCAGCUACAGGGAAAAAAUCAGAGACUAAUGCAGGUGUGAGACAAGAACCCUAGAAGGCCACUAAAGACGCUGGACCAAUCAGUUUGGGGGAAAAAAACAAAAAAAGGAAAAAGUGCUAAAUUGUUCUUUUUAUAUUUAUGUUUAUUUACCAAAAUGUCUCUUUUUUUUUGCAUUAUCCCAGUUAAAACCAUGUAUAUUAGCACUGUAUUUAAUAAUCAGUCUAGACAUUCAUCAGAAUAGUACUGCCUUUGCACAAGAGCCUUUAUUCCUAAAGAAACCCAUGCUGUGAAAUAUAUAGACUCUCCUACUGAAAGUCAUAAAUAUGUAUCUGAACAGUGAUUUCAGCUGGCUUUAGAGGUCAACCCAAAACACAUGUAAAGUGAAGUUGCUUGGGAAAGGUGUGCAGUAAACCUAUGAAACCGAUGGUUACUUUUGUAAUACAGAAGUCUUUUUCUUUCUGCACUUUAGACUAAGGCAUGGAAGAAAUAUCUUUAGUUGACAAUGUAAUAUUUUCUGUAAGUUGCCCAUGUCAUGAGAAAUACUGCAUCAAUAACGUGUUUUAAUUUUUUUUUUGUUUUAUACUUUUUUUUAAGUAUCAAUUUUUCCAUUCUAGUUUAAGUUAAUACCUAAAUUUGGAUGAUUAUGUUAGCUGACAGCGGUACUGAUAUUUCUUUUUGUUGUUAGUGACUAGUAAUUGAAUGCAAUCUAGAAUAUAUAUACACACAUAGCUUUACAAAGUUUAGCCUGAAGGCACUACUAAUGGUAGAAUGCUUUAAUAUGUGCUAGAGUAUUAUAUUUAGCAAUAAACAUACAUAAUUAGCCAAUAUCACAGCUUAAAAAAAAUAAAGACAAAAUCACACACUUUUCUAUAGUAAGAUUUCAUAAUUGUCAUUAGAGGUAUGGUGAGAUAAGUAUUAAAAAAUUUAAAUGUCAGUUGCCCAGUAAUGGGUAAUUAAAAAGAAAGUAUAGUUUUUAAAAGAGGAAAAGGUAAGGGUAUAGAGGGUCAAAAAUAGGUCACUUGUAUAAAACGUUGUAGUUUAAUUUAUAUAAAACUACCAUAAUUAAAAAGAAAAAAUGUAAACAGAGUUGGAGCUUGUUUCAAAUGACUGUACACUAAAUCUUGCCAUCCAUCAGUGUCCUACACUAGGUCCAGAGAAAAUGAAGUAAACCUCAAUCUUUGUCAUGCUCCUUUUUUACCUCUCUCCCCUGAAUAUCCUAUUGACAGAUGUUUUCAUUUGUACAUAGCAAACACAUGGCUUUAGGACGUCAGCUUGGUUUGGAUUUACAUGCCCUACAGUUUAGCAUUUUCAUCCUACAGUGUAUGGGUGGCAUAAACUGAGCAACUCAGGCAGCCCCUGAGCACAUUGAUAACAGCUUUGUUGUGCACCAGCACCCCCAGGAGCUCCCUUAUCGCCACUUCCAUGUCUUACAGCACCUGGCUUCUUCCUCAAGAAGUGAAAAUUCCUAUUCCAAGCCAAAGCUGGGCUCCCCUGCCUGGCUGAACCAUCUUGUUUACAUCUAGGGAUGCACAAAGUUAUCUGUGGGGGGGAAACUGUGCCUGACAUUGUCUGUGGGUUGUCGUGGUUUUCGUUUGGGGGUUUUGUAAACACUCCUCUGAGUCUUUCAAAUGCAUCUGAGAGCUGCAAUAAAAACCAUUUGUUCAAACAAUGUAUUCUGAAACUGCAUCUGCAAUAAAUGGAAUAUUUCCAUCAGCA